GUGAGCUCCUGCUUUGGACUGGGUCACUGAGCAGAGACAAACUGGGCAUGGCUGGGUACAAGCCAAAGGUGAUUUCUCUAACCAAGAGGACAGGCCAGACAUUUGGCUUUUAUCUAAGGGUGGAGCGUGACGAGGAAGGUCACCUGAUCCGCUGCCUGGAAAUGGGAGGUCCAGCUGAACUGGCUGGCAUGAAAGAUGGAGACCGCAUCCUGCGAGUCAAUGGAACAUUCGUUGAUGGACUGUCCCAUUCAGAGGUGGUGGACCUGGUGAGAAAUAGUGGCGCAUCUGUUACAUUCCACAUCCUGGAUGAAGCCUCCUACAAGCAAGCAAAAGCACAGGGAGUAAACCUGUCCAAACCUGAAAGCACAACAGUUGCCAACGGUGUGGCCAAACAGGCUCCAAAACCCAAACUCUGCUACAUGGUCAAGUCCAGCUCAGGCUAUGGGUUUUCUCUUCGCUCAGUCAACGGUGAGCCGGGUUUAUUUAUGUAUGAGGUGAUCCCAGGAAGUGUGGCUGACAAAGCCGGGGUCAAAGACAACGACCGACUUUUGGAGGUCAACGGGGAGAACAUAGAGACACACGAUCAAGCAGUGGACAAGAUCAAGCUGGCGGUUAGCAGCAUUAUGUUUCUUUUGGUUGAUGAGGAAACAGACAAGUACUACCAGAACAAGCGUGUGAAGAUAGGAUCGUGGUUAGCCACAGCCAAGUACCUCCCUCACAAGCCACGCAUCAUCGACAUGACCAAAGGAACUGAUGGAUAUGGCUUCCUGCUCAGAGAGGAGCCCAACCAAACAGGACACUUCAUCAAGGACAUAGACAGAGGAAGCCCAGCAGAAAGAACAGGUCUGAAGGAAAUGGACAGACUGGUGGCUGUGGAAGGCAAUGAGGUGGAUGGCUGCAGCCAUGAGCAAGUGGUGGAUAGGAUCAGGCAGAGUGGCAAAAAAUGCUGCCUCCUGGUUGUUGACAAAGACACAGAUGAAAUGUAUAAGCAGGGGAAAGUGUCUCCUAUGCUUUACUGGGAGGAGAUGAAGGAUUCCAACUCUCCCCCCAGUUACACAGAGGCCAUCAGUUUACCUGCUACUAUCCGACCAGCCACACCUGUUCAGGAGGAGGAGGAGGAACUCAAGCCUAAACUCUGUAAGAUGGAGAGGACCUCAGUUGGAUAUGGCUUUCACCUUAACGGCAUCCAAGGCGUGUUUGGUCAGCACAUCAAGGAGGUGGUGAAGGGUGGAGCGGCUGACAGGGCAGGUCUGCAGGACGACGACAUUGUGGUUGAGGUGAAUGGGGUAAAUGUGGAGGAGAAAGGCCAUGAGGAGGUGGUGGCAAUUAUUCGCAACAGUGGCAACUCUCUGGAGAUGCUGGUGGCUAAAAAGAGUGUCUAUGACCAGCUCAAAGCUAAACAAGUGACCAUCACACGCCUACUGCUUAGGGAAACAUCCGAAGUUCAAGUUCACACUGCAGACACUCCAAGGGGCAUCAAGGAGGAGCGACAUCAUGAGGAGGCUAGACCUGAAACCCCUACUGAACAAGCAAGAGAGAGGAACCCAUCGGUUUCAUCAUCUUCAUCUCAGGAAAGUUUUGAGGAGAGACUCUGAGUGUCCACCUUAAGGCCACAUUUCCUGAUUUAUUCUUUGACGAUCUAAUGUUGAUCCAUUGUUUUUUGUUGUUGUUUUUUUGUUUUGUUUUUUAAAAUCAGCUCUAUGAGUUUCAGCUCUUCCAAUUACUAAUGGGGACUGUAAGCACCAAAAAUUCACUGUCGCAUAUCUACUGUAACUUUGAAUCAUAGAAUAGCUCCAUCAACUGUAUGAAGGGCUGAGAACAGAAACAUGUUCCUGAAAACCGUGGAUCUACUCAUAGAUGCCUGUGCCAUGACUAGAGUAAUAUAUUUUCCAUACCUGAGAUUAAUAAUGUUACCAAAGUUAAGAUUAAAAACUACAGCAUAUAGACCUUAAGAUAACUAUCAAUGCUGCCAGUAAAUACUCAUGUAUUCUCUAUCUCAAAAAACUGCUGCCUUUAUUUAAUGUUCUAAAAAUAAAAAUUUGUUGUUCCAAUGUAUAAAGUGAAAGUAAAUGAGUGGCAAUUUCCAUGAAAACAAAUA